UCAUUUUUAUAGUCAUAGUUAAAGGAGCAGCACUCAUUUCUUUUGUUCAUGUAGUCGUUCUUAUAAUCGUGAUUAAAGAAGCAGUACUUAUUUCUUUCAUUUACAUAGUUAUUCUUAUAGUUAUAGUCAAAGAAGCUAUGGCUGUCACCACUGAUCUGACAGUCGCUCCUGCAGCUGAUCUUAUUUCAGAUGCUGAGAUUUUUAAAAAUAAAGAUAAAAUGAAGGAAUUAGAAAAUACUCUUUUAGACCAACCUAAAACUGGUAGUGUAGAAACUAUCAAAGUAAGAAAAAGUAUAGGAUUGAGUUCUCAAAGGUGUGGCAUCAGAAGAUCAAGUUCUCGAAGACAUGGUAUCAGAAGAUUAAAUUUUCAAAGGCGUGGUAUCAGAAGAUUAAGUUCACAAAAGUGUGGCAUCAGAAGAUCAAGUUCACAAAAGUGUAAUAAAAGAAGAUCAAGUUCUCAAAAAUGUAGCAUCAGAAGAUUAAGUUCCUUAAAGC